CGAAAAAGUUAUUAAAACCCACAAAUCUAAACAAAGUAAUAAAUAUAUUUAAAAAAUGACUAAAAUAAUAAAAGUCUUCAUGGUGAUAUUUUAUGCCCUAAAUUUGAUACAUAACUCUAUGGGUAAAACACCCGUGAGAAAAUGUGCCAAUGGCCUACCAGAACCCUUAUCGGUACAAGUGAACUCGUGCAGCGAAAUGCCGUGUACGUUAUGGCGAGGUUUUUCCACAAACAUGGAAAUACAAUUCGUCUCUAGUAAAGAUGCUGUUCGAGAUAUUAAUGCUGAUGUUCAGAUGACUACUGCGGGUAUAGGCAUGUCAUUGGGAUUAUCUUCUGAACGCAAAAAUGUUUGUAAUAAUUUAAUGUUUGGCGCCUAUUGUCCUAUGUAUGCUGAGGAAGAUGCCACCUAUCAUUUAGUAUUGGAUAUAGCAGAUCACCAGCCUGAAGUACCGGUUAAAAUAGAAGUUUCCAUUAAAGAUAGUAGUGAUGAUACUGUGUUUGCCUGUUUUGUUUUGGAUGGUAAAAUUAGAAGGCGUAAUGCACCCUUGAUGUAAAUAUCAGGAACUUUAAUUUCUUUCGCUAGAUAAGUAAGAAUUUUAGAUUUAAGAGAAAACAUUGUAUCAAUGUUUUUUAGUCAUAAAUAAGU